GUUUUUUCCAAUCUUGCCGUGAGCGGGGACAGCAAUGAUGCCAAUGGUUGGGAGUCACCGUUGGCAAGCUGCCAGGCAGUAGACAAGCAAAAGGAACCAUCAAUGUCAUUGUUGCGCAAACUCGUGAAGAAGGGCGUGAAGCAAAGAGAAGGGUGCUCUCAAGUUUGAAUCUCUGACAACGUGAAGACGGCUGCUCAUUUUCAGUUGUGCCACUAUCAGCCUUCGAGUGGGACGUAUCGCUGAACAACGAUUGCAGGGUGCAGUAUGGAGAACGGGUCUGAGGCAAUAGCGGAACGGUUGCAGAGUGGAAAUGAGGCAGAGCCGGCAGGGAGUAUGCCGCCCCCACCCCCCCGGCGGCAGUAUGGCCGGCGUAGGCAAGAAGAGGAGGAACCGCAAACUGAGGGGGGUCAGGAGGAAGAGGAGCAGUACCUGGAGUACAUCCCCCUGAAAAAGCGUAAAAUGAUGGAGGAGCAGAGCCGGUCACGGAAGGCGGUUAGCCCGGGGUUAGCCGAACCGGAGCGGGUCGAUGCUGGCAACGAGGAUGGGGAGAGCGCGAAGCCGACGACGCUCCUGGAGAAGGCGGUGCAGCUGAAGAAAGAAGCGGCGCCGAUAACAGAGGAGGAGCAGAUUGCGGCGGAGGAGCGGGACAUGCUCGAGAAGUUGUCGGACCGGAAGGAGCUGAUGUCGGUAAAAGAGCGCGCGCAGGGGAUCGUGUACGUGGAGCCGAUGAAAACGGGGUGGAAGCCGCCGCUGCACCUGCGGCGCAUGCCGGACGAGGAGUGCGAGGACGUGCGCAAAAAGUGGCACAUCCUAGUCGAGGGCGAGCACAUCCCCCCUCCCGCGAAGAACUUCAAGGACAUGCGGUUCCCGGGCCCAAUCCUCGCCAAGUUGAAAGCCAAGGGGAUCAACCGGCCAACUCCGAUCCAAGUUCAGGGGCUCCCGGUGAUCCUUUCGGGGCGGGACAUGAUCGGGAUUGCGUUCACGGGGUCUGGAAAGACGCUUGUCUUUGCACUGCCGGCGGUGAUGUUCUCGCUCCAGGAGGAGGUGCGCUUUCCGCUGGUGGGAGGAGAGGGCCCGUUCGCGCUCAUCAUGUGCCCCUCGCGCGAGCUGGCGCGCCAGACGUUCGACGUCGUGAACGAGUUCAUCGAAGCGCUGAAGGGGGCGGGGUUUCCGGAGCUGCGCAGCAUGCUGUGCAUCGGGGGGAUCGAUAUGCGCGAGCAAAUGGACACGGUGCGGAAAGGGGUGCACAUCGCUGUUGCAACCCCUGGGCGGCUGAAAGACUUGUUAGCCAAGAAGCGACUCAACCUCGACAUCUGCAAGUACUUAUGCCUCGACGAGGCGGAUCGCCUGGUGGAUCUAGGUUUCGAGGACGACAUCCGGGAGGUGUUUGACUACUUCAAGUCGCAGCGCCAGACGCUGCUCUUCAGCGCGACGAUGCCGAAGAAGAUUCAGAACUUUGCCAAGAGCGCGCUGGUACAACCGGUGGUCGUCAACGUCGGGCGGGCGGGCGCCGCGAACCUCGACGUCAUCCAGGAAGUCGAGUACGUAAAGCAGGAGGCGAAGAUUGUGUACCUGCUCGAGUGCCUCCAGAAGACGCCGCCGCCCGUGCUGAUCUUCUGCGAGAACAAGAGCGACGUCGACGACGUUCAUGAGUAUUUGCUGCUCAAGGGGGUGGAAGCGGUAGCGGUCCACGGAGGAAAGGACCAGGAAGAGCGAGACCAGUCGAUCCAGGCGUUUAAGAGCGGGAAGAAGGACGUUCUGGUGGCGACGGACGUCGCGAGCAAGGGGCUCGACUUCCCGGACAUCAAGCACGUGGUCAACUUCGACAUGCCGGGCGAGAUCGAGAACUACGUGCACAGGAUCGGGCGAACGGGGCGGUCCGGGAAGACGGGGAUCGCGACGACCUUCAUCAACAAGAACCAGAGCGAGACGAUCCUGCUGGAUCUGAAGCACUUGCUGAAAGAAGCGCGGCAGCGGAUCCCCCCCUUCCUGGCCAGCUUGGAGGACCCCAUGGAAGAGAUGGAGGCGCUGCAAGAAGCGAGCGGGGUUAAGGGUUGCGGUUAUUGCGGGGGUUUGGGGCACAGGAUCGCAAACUGUCCGAAGCUGGAGCAGCAGCGCAAGGCGGCGACGUCGGAGGCGGGCAGGAAGGACUACUUCGGGUCGGGGGGCUAUGGCGGGGAGGUUGACUGCUAUGCUUUUGACAUUAGUUCAAUUGUUGAAGUCAUUCCGUCGGAUGACGUUUCGAGGCGUUGCCCAUCAAGCGCGCUAUUGGAUGGCCUUUGGGAAGUUUCUGGUGGUUUUCCUAAUAAGCCGUGA